AUGAGGGCUUUUCUUGCCGUAUUUGCCUUCGCCGUGCCUGUUUGUGGCCGUCUCCCUGACAUACAAGUUCGUCUUCUGAGCAGGGAGUCCAGGGAGGGGGAGCCAGAUUCGUCCGUUGGUGGCUCGAUUGCACAAGUACGAUGGUCAGUCAACAGAACGCGGAGAUGUGAAUUUGUCGACGUUUUUUGGCACAUGGAGGGUGAGUCACCUUCCACGCUUGUGGCAGAAUCCUGCGCUUCCAACAUCCCCAACACUGGAGAGUACGAGCUGCAGCUUCCCAAAGUGAGCCUGAGCGGUCCCUACGUUUUGAGGCUCCAGUGCCACUCUCCUUUCUGGAAGCGGCGAAACCGAAUCUCAAUCAAUGGGUUCUUCUACUCAACCCUGGAGGACCAUGAGAUCUUCCACAGAGGAGACCAUUGCCAAAGAUCCAACCGUAGCAUUCCUUCAGGUUGGCAGGUGUCUCCGGAUGAUGGUCGGGUUCAUGAGACGGUGGUUGGGGCCUAUCCUUGGAGUACCCAUAUCCUGGUACUGAGCUCGGGGAAAGGCUAUGCUGUCAAGCAUGGCGUCCGAAUUCAAGACAAAGCCUACAAAGCAGGACAGGAAAUUUCACUCACGGAGCUCGGAAAGACUGCACAUGAUGUGUGGGGCUACUUUGACAUGAGCACCAACAGCUACAAGUCUCUUCAAUGUGCAUCCCUUCUGUCCAUCCGCACCAAGGAGCCUGCGGUGUCACUGCACUGGCCCAAAAGCUCGAGUGUGAACAUUUACUCCCCGCAAUGCCAGACCCAAGCAUACGAUGCUCGGAGCGACUGCGGUUUCUCGGGCAUCACUCCUGCUGAAUGCCGCCAGCGUGGCUGCUGCUUUGAUCGCCGCUCUGCCAGUGCCCCGCAGUGUUACCACCUGCGUCGCGAGCCAAGCUUGCCAGAAUUGUUGGGUAGGAUCUCAAUGACAACCGAGCAAGAAGAAGGCAAGCUGUCCGCUCCUCCCAACGUGCCGAAGCGCUUGAAGGAAGGCGACAUUGUCUUGGGCGUUCUAUCGGAAACUGUCAAGGAUCCCUCCGGCAACUAUCUCCACGGUGCAGCUUUGACAGGGAAGGUGACCUCAGUGAAAGGCGGCAAGGUCGAAGCUAGUUGGAAUAUCGAAAACCUCGCUAAUGUUUUCCACGGCAAGACGGUUGAAAUUGUACCGAUGGGGUCCUGGCCAAAAGAUCAACUCCAAUGGUUUUCCAGCACGCAGUUCAGGUGGGACUGUGUGUUGGGCACUGCAUCGUUGGCUUUGAUGGGAAGCCUGGCAACAAGCCAAGUGAUGUCGAUUGCAGUAACCUUGGCGGCUGCGGCCUUCUGCUUCUUCAACUCCUGGUUGGUGGAAGGUGUGGUGAUAGGGUGCUUCCACCUGUGCAUCAUGUUGCGCCAGGAAAUGGCAGCACGCAAGAUCUCGGAAGAGAAGCUACGGAAGCAGGAAGAAACAUCCAUGCGACUUAAAACUUUACGACGGUGGAUGCUGAGAGCCAGCGAGUUCUCCAAGGCUAAGCUCUCGGCCACCACGGCACCUGAGGGCGGAACGGCUUGUGCAUGUUGUCUGGUCAUGACACCACAGGUUGUGAUGCUAACCUGCAAACAUCAGUGCAUUUGCGCCCCGUGCAUGCACAGCUUGGUGCUAAAGCGGCUUGGUGAGGGCCUACCUCUACAAUGCCUCCAGUGCCAAAUUGAAAUUAGCGAUGCUUUCGCACCUACCAUUAUGGGUGCGCCGGUUCCUGUGUCCACGGGUGACUGA